AUGAUGUUAAAAGUAUUAUUAAUGUUGGUUUUUGUUCAAAAAUGCAUUAUAUGCGAUAUGGUAGAUGACGUGCCGAUAGAAUCUACGAAGGAGUUGGAUUAUACAGUUUUGGCGGGUGAAGCUGAGAUACACAAGGGAGACAUAUUGAACUUUUUGAACCAGUCACAUGUGAGGGAACAAUACAAGACUCUAUACAACAACUUGUUAUCGAAGUUAAUGGAUGUGACAAAACGAACAGCAUCUCGUAGAGCGGAGGGGACCCCAGCAGAGCUCGUGGUGCCAGGCUCCACGCGACGCAUCGUAUCUGGCCGCAACACAUCUAUUGCCGCGGUGCCUUGGCAGGUCUCACUGCGGGAAAAGACCUACCCUAUAUGCGGUGGCUCAGUGGUCACUGGUAUCUGGUUGCUUACUGCUGCUCAUUGUCUGUUAAGAGCACGAGCAAGCGAGCUGAGCGUACGACUUGGCUCAUCAUGGAAGACGCAUGGAGGUGAGAUGUAUGACGUCAAGGAGUGCUACGUCCACCCUCGGUACGUCAGCAAGACGAAGACCAAUGACAUCGGGCUGGUGCGCCUGUACUCGCCGCUGCGGUUCUCAUCCAGGGUCCUGCCAAUACGGCUAGUGGCGAGGGAAGCCAGGCUACCAGCUGAUGAACCGGCUAUUGUCAGUGGUUGGGGUAAACUUAAGGAAGGUGGUCCAAGCGCGACCUACCUUCAGUCCUCCACAAUCAAGACCAUAGCUAUGAAGCUGUGCCGUCGCUCCGGCCUCGACAGGAAGGCCAUUGAUCCUGCCUCCAUGUUCUGUGCGGGUUCCUUCAGUCAAGCAUCACCUGAUGCCUGCCAGGGUGACAGUGGAGGUCCCAUAGUGUACGAAGGUGUUCUCAUCGGAGUGGUGUCCUGGGGACUCGGCUGCGCUCGUGGAAACUUCCCAGGAGUCUACACCCGACUGUCAUACCCGCUCAUCUAUGACUGGGUGCAUGGUCACAUUACGAAGAAUAUUGAAAACAACACCGUCUUGUAA